AACAAAGCUCUUAGAUCCUUCUACUGAAGAGCAGCAGAAGUCUCGUAUGAAUGUAGUACUAGUACAUAGUACCCAGCGUAGAGUGGACAAAAAUUUGGCAGAAAAUUUGAAGUCCGCUCUCUCGGACAACCCACGGAGGUGGGAAACCUGGAAAAGCCGCGUACCAAUUUGGAACUUGGAACCUUUUUUUUAUUGACUUGGUUACUGGUCUUACACGGAUGUAUUGGGAUUUUGCUGUAUAAAAUCUUGCCAACUUUUUGCUUGUUCUUCAGAAAAUGGUGAACAAUCUUGAAAUGAAGAAACUAGUUGCCAUCUCUUGCUUGUCAUGGCUAUUCUUGGUUUCUUGUAGCGCUGUUGCAGGCCAAGAUGUGCCAUUCAAAGCAGCAAAUUUAGGUGGUUGGCUGGUAGCUGAGGGAUGGAUGACUCCAGACCUCUUUGAUGGCAUUCCCAAUAAAGACCUCCUGGAUGGAACACAAGUGCAACUGAAGUCGACAAUGCUCAACAAGUAUCUGACAGCAGAGAACGGUGGUGGAUCAAAUUUAGUUGCUAACCGCGAUAGUGCCUCCGGCUGGGAAACUUUUUGGUUAUGGAGGAUUAAUGAGAAUACCUUCAACCUCAGGGUGUUCAAUAAGCAGUUUGUGGGACUGGACAAUCAAGGGCAGGGAAAGAAUAUAAAUGCAAUAUCUACUACACCUGGAAAUGCUGAAACGUUUCAGAUUGUAAGGAAACAAGAUGAUCCAUCCAGAAUACGGCUUAGAGCCUCGAACGGGCUCUUUGUUCAGGCUCCCAGUGGAUCCUCAGUGGUGGCAGAUUAUGGAGACACUUCAGAUUGGGGGGAUCAAAAUCCAUCUGUUUUCCAAUUGAAUAUUGUCAACACAUUAAGGGGCGAAUACCAACUUACAAACGGAUAUGGGCGGGAUAAAGCUCCUCAAGUGUUGAAGGAUCACUGGAAUAAUUACAUUGUGGAAGACGAUUUCAAGUUUAUGUCCGAUAAUGGUCUGAAUGCUGUUAGAAUUCCAGUUGGGUGGUGGAUCCAGUAUGAUCAGACACCACCAGCACCAUUUGUUGGAGGUUCCUUACAAGCGUUAGACAAUGCUUUCUCAUGGGCACAGAAGUACAAUAUGAAGGUGAUAGUGGACCUCCAUGCGGUUCUAGGAUCACAAAAUGGGAAUGAGCAUAGUGGAACUAGAGAUGGAUUUGCAGAAUGGGGAGAUACUUAUGUACAGAGAACUGUGGAUGUCAUAGACUUCCUGGCGAAAAGGUAUGCUAAUCGUCCAAGUCUUGGAGCGAUAGAGUUAAUGAACGAACCUAAUGCAGCAAUUGUCCAAUUUUCUGCUUUAAGCGACUACUACAAGAAAGGUUAUGACGCUGUAAGGAAGUAUACUUCCACAGCUUAUGUCAUAUUGUCAGCUAGAUUGGGAGAUGCUUCCGACAAGGAGUUCCUUUCUCUUGCUGGUGGCCUUGAUCGCUCCGUCAUAGACGUUCAUUACUAUAACCUCUUUUCAGACCAGUUCAACAACAUGGAUGAACAACAGAAUAUUGAUUAUAUUCGCAAUGAUAGGGCUGCACAACUGCAGGAAGUGACUCAAAGCAAUGGUCGUCCUUUAAGCUUUGUUGGGGAAUGGACAGCAGCAAUGGCAAAAGACAAUCAGGACAUGGAAGCCUACAGGAGAUAUGCACAAGCUCAGCUAGAUGUUUAUGGAAAAGCUACAUUUGGGUGGGCUUACUGGUCAUACAAAUGCGAACCCUGUGGGAUGUGGAGCCUUCAACGCAUGAUUCUAAGAGGCCUUAUUAAACUGUAAUACCGUUGAAGAUGAUCCCUUGGCUCCAAUCCACCCAAGCCCCUGGAGCCUAAUAUACUCUUGCCCAUAUUUAUGUUCGCUUUAAAUUUUGUCAAAGCAGAAGGCCCAAUAACUAUAUACACACAUUCACGUCGCUAAAUGUAUGUGGAUGGUUACUUUAAGAGAGAUUUGCAGUUCAAAUGUUUAAUAUCCGAUUCAUGGACCAUCGGCCCACAUACUAAAUUUUUCUGGGGGAAGGGCAACCACUGUAGCUUGAUACGGGUCCUUCGAGCGUCGCUCAUGCGCUGCACUGCAGCACCCCAGCUCUGUUAAAAAAAAAAAAAAAAAAAGAAUUGCAGUUUUGAUCUCAAA